AUGGCUGAAUUCUUUCACCGUAUGGCUGAAACUAUUCAUGAUCCCAAUGGGUUGAACUUCGAAAAAAUGAGAAAAAUAGGUGGAGUUGAGUUUGAAGGCACGGUUGAUCCCACCAAUGUUGAACAAUGGCUUGAGCACAUAGAGAGGGUGUUUGAGCAGUUAGAGUGUUCAGAUGUUGCCAAAUUCAGGUAUGCCAUCUCAUUAUUGCAGAAGGAUGCUUAUUAUUGGUGGAUAAGUGUGCCAAAUGCAAAAGUAAAACCUCCAGUUCUUACCUGGGAUGAUUUUGUUAAAGAAUUUCAUAUGAAGUAUGUCCCACCUACUUAUUAUGAUGCUAAAAAGGAGUUUUUGAAUCUAAGGCAACGAGGCAUGUCUACCGCUAAGUAUCAACAAAAAUUUCUUAGACUCUCUCGUUAUGUUGGAGGCAUUAUUAAUGAUGAAAAAUAUAAAUGCAGGAGGUUUGAAGAUGGCCUGAAUGAUUCCAUCAGAAAGAACGUGGCAAUCUUGCAACAUGAGAACUUUUGUAAAUUAGUUUCUGCUGCUUUUACUUGGGAAAGACUUGAUAAGGAAGAAGCUAGUAGACAUGAGAAUAGAUUCUGA